UACCGGGCGCACCGCUCCGUCCUGGCCGCCGCCACCGAGUACUUCACUCCGCUGCUCUCGGGCGGCUUCGCGGAGUCGCUCUCGGGCCGCGUGGAGCUGCAGAAGUGGAGCUCGGAGGGCGGCCCCGACCCCGACACGGUGGAGGCCGUCGUCGGCUUCAUGUACACCGGCACCAUCCGCGUCAGCCCCGGCAACGUGCACGAGGUGCUGGAGAUGGCCGACAGGUUUCUGCUGACCCGGUUAAAAGAGUUCUGCGGGGAGUUUCUGAAGAAGAAACUCAACCUCUCCAACUGCGUUGCGGUUCACAGCUUAGCGCACAUGUAUUCCCUGAAUCCGCUGGCCCUCAAAGCUCAGGAUAUGAUCAGGAGAAACUUCCACAAAGUUAUCCAAGAUGAGGAGUUCUACACUUUGCCCUUUCAUCUCAUCAGAGACUGGCUCUCCGACUCAGAGAUCACGGUGGACUCAGAAGAAAUCCUCUUUGAGACUGUUUUAAAGUGGGUUCAGAAAAAUCCUGAUGAAAGGGAGAGGUACUUUGAAGAUCUCUUUAAACUGCUUAGGUUGUCUCAGAUGAAACCCACUUACCUUACUCGCCACGUCAAAUCUGAAAGGCUGGUAUCGAGCAACAAAACCUGUGUUAAACUGGUGUCUGAAGCCGUGGAGAGUCACGCCUUGCGGUCUGAGAACCUCCAGUCUGGUAAUCUACAACAUUCCGCUUGUCCCGCAGCGUUGCUGCCACGUUUUGGACAAAACAUGGAUGUCAUUAUGGUGAUCGGGGGUGUAUCGGAGGGAGGAGACUACCUGAGUGAGUGCGUGGGGUAUUUCAUCGAUGAAGACAGGUGGGUAAACCUGCCCCACAUCCACAAUCACCUCGACGGGCAUGCUGUGGCCGUGACAGAGUCUUACGUUUAUGUGGCUGGCUCCAUGGAACCAGGCUUUGCCAAGACCGUAGAAAGGUACAAUCCAAACAGGAAUAUCUGGGAGCAAGUCUCAAAUCUGAUAACCAGAAAGCAUUCGUUUGGCCUUACCGAAGUUAAAGGAAACUUGUACAGUAUCGGUGGACAUGGCAAUUUCAGUCCUGGCUUCAAAGACGUGGCCGUUUACAAUCCUGAGCAAGACAAAUGGCUUAACCUGGAGUCGGCACCAAAGAUUCUCCGUGAUGUCAAGGCUGUUUCUGUGGAAGACCGGUUCGUUUACGUGGCUGCUCGUACCCCGGUUGACAGCAACAGUGAAGACGGAUUGAGGGCGGUUAUUAUCAGAUACGAUGCUGAAACCAGGCAGUGGCAGGAUGUGGACUCUCUGCCACUCGUUGAUAAUUACUGCUCUUUUCAGAUGUCUGUCGCUAACACAAACUUUUACCAUACAGCAUCGUGCUGCCCCAAGAGUUACCCUAUAGAUAAUGAGGAAGCCAAGAUAAAGAUCUCUGGCAGGGCCUCAGAUGAAAUACUUGAAAGCUUACCCCCAGAGGUUCUUAGCAUAGAAGGAGCAGCUAUUUGUUAUUAUAAAGAUGAUGUUUUUAUCAUUGGGGGGUGGAAAAACAGCGACGAUAUCGACAAGCAGUACAGGAAGGAGGCCUAUCGGUACUGCGCUGAGAGGAAGCGCUGGAUGCUUCUGCCUCCUAUGCCUCAGCCUCGCUGCAGAGCGACAGCCUGCCACGUGAGAAUUCCCUUCAGGUGCUUGCAGGGAACACAAAGAUACCCCAUGCCACAAAAUUUGAUGUGGCAAAAAGAUAGAAUAAGGCAGAUGCAGGAAAGGCAGAUGCAGGAAAUGCACCGGCACACCCUCAGCUUGCGGAGAAUGCCACGCUCGCAGAUCGAGUGCUAGCUUCUGGAGCGUCCCUCCUGAUGAGUCUAGGAAAUACCGUGCUAAACCAUUUUGUUAGGCUUGAUGUGUCUUUAUAAGACACGAGGGGGUUGAUUGGAUUUGAUGCGUAAACCCGGCAUCUUACGGUGGGAAUUAAGAAGCUCAGAAAUUGCGGGUGGAUGGGAAUUGAGAAGCUGUGUGAAUCCAACAGUAUUACUUAAUGGUGCCCAGGGAGUAACUGUGGCCUGUAACGGGCUGUGAAAUAUCUCUGGGAGCAUUAAGUCUGUUAUUUCUCUCUUCAGAUCUUUGUUUUCAAGGAUUUCUGUAGAGUUAAUCUCUAACAGUUCUAUUUUUAAGAUCAAAGAUGUCUAUCUUAAUAAUUUAGUGGUUACAUUUGUGUGUGCUUUGAAAGCACCUGGUUUAUUUGCACUUACAUACUGACAUUCCUUUGAUUCUUUCCUUCUCAGUGAUUAAACUUCACACAUAUUUGCUGUUAGUGUACUUAGCUUUCCCGAGUUGGAGGCAAGUGCAAUAGUUAUAUACGAAAACAAAAGCACAAUCGUUCUUUAUAAAAUUACUUCAGGAUGUUUCUACGUCUAUUAAAUAUUUUGUAUCUGCGCGUUGCAGAGAGGCUGCAGAGUUUGUUUGUAAAUGGAUGGUAGGUAGAACACUAAGACACUUGCUAAAACAGAGAACUUGAGGCAGUAGAUUUGUUUUUUUCAAGUGUCCCCGAACAUGCUUUGAGUUUGUCUUUGACGACUUUGUUAGAAACUUGGGCCAACGACCAGCUGGGCGAAAGGAGUGAAAACUGGUGAAGCAGCCGCUCGCCCCUCUGUGGGGAUGAGUGAGAAUGAGAUUAUUUCAGAGUCAUGGAUUAAAACCUGAGCUACCUGUAGAUCCUUUCUCAAAUGUUACGCACGUUUUAAUUCCAGCUGCAAAGUGAUUAGAAGAGCCCCCCGGAGCCUGUCUCCAG